GACCAAUAACUAUUAACCUUCGGGCUACAGAUUAGUAGGAUAGAACUCGAAAUAUUCUGAGGGCUAUCAUCGUCUUCAGGUGCCUAGAUUUUGAAAACAGUUCAAACCUAAUCAUCAAACCUUUAAAAACUUGACCCUUCAUUGAUUCGUCAGGUGUCUUCACCAUAGCGUUAACAUACGGUGGGAGGCAGUUGUCACGUUUAAUGCGUUUCGUUGUGGCUGUUAUCAAGAUUAAGAUGAAACAAGUACAGUAAGCGCACAAUUCUUCAUCAUAACAGGCUCUAGCUCUUCGGUUGCAGAUUCGUUCUUGUGUGACUAACAUGUCCGACAGUUUGUCUGGACAACCUAAAUAUGCUGGGAAACAUAAUAGUCCAUCGCUCCUGUCGCCAGAAUCGCCUGGUGGCAGCCCCAAAUUACAAGUGCCAAGCCCAAUUGUUACUAGGCGUACCAGGACUGAAUCUACAUCAGCAAGGGCAUUUGAGAAUCCAACUGAGUUGGGGAAAGUGAGGAUGUUCAGCAGAUCAAAGGGUCAUGGUUUUAUCUCCUCGGAUUCCACUGGAGGAGAUAUAUUUGUCCACAUCUCUGACAUUGAGGGGGAGUAUAUACCACUGCCUGGUGAUGAAGUCAAGUACAGACUAUGUCCGAUUCCUCCGAAAUACGAGAAGAACCAGGCAAUCAACGUGCACAUCAUCAAUUUAACACCCGAAGUGCAUCUCAGGUGGGACUGUCCAGUAAGCGAAGAAGAGACUGAAUCACAUGGCCAUUAAUCUAGAGAGAGAGCAUCUGUAACUGAAGACUGCAUUUCUGUGCCGUAACUUCCAGCUUCAUGCUGUGUUGUAUUGUUAUCGCGAAUGAUACUUAGUUCCAAGUUGUAAAUGUAACCCUUACUUCAAUUUUGACAUUAAGAGAUGUUUACUUUAGAGUAGUAUUUGUCUACAUUGGUUAAUAAACUUUAAGUAUGAUGUAUUUUUUUGUAAAAGGUUUGUCAGCACUUUGGAACAGGUGCAAAGUACAUGUUGAAGCCUGAGUCAUUGCAACGAGAGAAUCGUGGAAAACAAUAUUCUUAUUGUAACUAGGUGAUUGCUGUAAACAUAGAAUAAUGCUGCUUUAGGCUAGGUGUAGACAUUUGUCAAUGUAACGAAUUGCAUUUAUAAGCAUUUGUUAAAUAUUCAGAUGUGUUUCUAAAGUGCAGUGUUUACUACACUACACAUUUCUUGAAAGUACUCAUAAAACAUAUAUUACGACAAACACACAUCAUUCGUUUCCACAUUCCCCAUGAAAUAUUUGCAACUAUAUCUGUCAUGACGCGAAAAAGCUGGAUUUUUGGUUAGUAAAUAUACAUCAAAUCUUACAUAUUAUGUAGUUGUUUAAAAUUGAUUAAUGCAUAUUGUAUUAUGCAGAAAUGCUUAAGUAAAUAAAUAAUUUACUCAUAAAUUUCA